UGCCUUCUAUUUUUUUAUCAGUUAUUAAUAAUGACUCAAGUUCAAAUAACAAACUUGACGUUAAUGCAAUUACUGAAUUCAUUAGCGAAGUAACGAGUUCUUAUUUUAGAACGAAAGAAAAAAACCACAAGCGUGCUCGAUAUAAGCGUAAUGAAGGAAAUUGGAACAGAGUUCAACUUUUAUCAGACUUGAAUGGUUUGGAAACCGUUGUAUUAGAUGAACCACAAGAAAUAUUAUUGAAAAGAGAAUUAGACUCUUUUGUUAAUGACAAAGAGUUUUACAAGAGAAUUGGUUUGCCUUAUCGACGUGAUCUCUAUUAUCUUAAUCUCAAAGAAAUUAAAAAUGAUAAUGAUAUGAGCGCCGCUUUUAGUUCUGUUCCACCAAAUCAAAUAAUUGUUCUUGAAGAUGUUGAUACACAAUCAAAUAUUCUUUAUAAAAGAG